AGAUCUCAUUCUUUCAGUGCCUCAAUGAUCCGUCAUGGUGAAGGGUGUGAAAAUCAGCCUCUCGUUCACUCACACACCCCGUUCAGGCUGUGACAGCGGUGUCCAUCAGGCAGAGAUGCCGGCUGAGGGAUUCGUGAUGGUGGCUGUGAUUUGCGCUCUGAUGGCGCAAAUCUGCCGUGGGGAGCUUGUGGCUCACGUGCAGGACCUGAAUCCCGUGCCUGAAUCCUCGCUGCUUAAGCCCAAAGUCAUGAUCGCGAUUCUGGCUCGGAACUCGGCGCACAGCCUGCCGUACUACAUGGGCUGCAUCGACCGCCUGGACUACCCGAAGGACCGGAUUGCGAUAUGGGCUGCAACGGACCAUAAUGUGGACAACACCACAGCCAUGCUGAGAGAAUGGCUGAGGAACAGGCAGAGCAGAUACCAUUACGUGGAGUGGAGGCCCAUGGAGGAGCCACGGUCAUACAUGGAUGAGUGGGGGCCGAAACACUGGGCUCCAUCUCGUUUCAAUCAUGUAAUGAAGCUCAGGCAGGCGGCACUGAAGGCUGCACGAGAGCGCUGGGCUGAUUAUAUACUGUUUGUUGACAGUGAUAACCUCCUGACCAACCCACGGGUGCUGGAUCUCAUGAUGGCAGAGAAUUUCACACUGGUGGCGCCCAUGUUGGAUUCCCGAUCCCUCUACUCAAACUUCUGGUGUGGCAUCACACCUCAGGGUUAUUACAAGCGCACCCCAGACUACCAGCCUAUCCGUGAGUGGAAGCGUUUGGGCUGUUUCUCUGUUCCCAUGGUGCACUCCACAUUCCUGUUGGAUCUGAGACGUAGUGCCACUCUCGACAUGGCUUUCCACCCACCUCACCCUGACUACAGCUGGGCGUUUGAUGACAUCAUGGUCUUUGCAUUCUCCGCGCGACAAGCUGGUGUUCAGAUGUAUGUGUGUAACAGAGAACAUUACGGCUUUCUGCCUGUACCUCUGAAGGCCCAGCAGAGUGUAGAAGAAGAGGAGGAGAGUUUCACACACACCAUCACUGAGGCUAUGAUUGAUCAUAACAUAAAACCCUCUGAGUUUCUCUUCACUCCACCCAAACCCCAGGACAAGAUGGGCUUUGACGAGAUCUUUCUGAUUAAUCUGAAGCGGAGGUUGGACCGGAGGGAACGGAUGUUGAACACAAUGGCGGCGCUGGGUCUUGAGGCUACACUGGCUGAUGCUGUGGAUGGGAAGGCUCUGAAUACAUCUCACCUUCAAGCUCUAGGUAUAGAAAUGAUGCCUGUAUAUAAAGAUCCAUAUUCUGGUAGGGUGCUGACGCGUGGAGAGAUUGGCUGUUUCCUCAGCCACCACUUCACCUGGAAACAGGUGGUGGAGAGGGGUCUGCAGCAUGUGCUGGUGUUGGAGGAUGACGUGAGGUUUGAGCCUCGAUUUAAAAGGAGGUUGCAGACCAUCAUGGAGGACGUUGGAAAAGCUCAGCUGAACUGGGACCUCAUAUAUGUGGGCCGUAAACGGAUGCAAGUAGCUCAGCCAGAGGUGUCUGUAGAGGGUGUUGAUAAUCUGGUGGAGGCUGAUUACUCAUAUUGGACUCUAGGUUAUGCCCUUUCACAGCAGGGGGCCAAGAAACUCCUCGCUGCUCAGCCGUUCGGCAAGAUGCUCCCUGUGGAUGAGUUCCUGCCAGUCAUGUUCAACAAACACCCAAAUGCGGCAUACAUGUCUCACUUUGAUCCCAGAGAUUUGCGUGCUUUCUCUGUUGAGCCACUCUCACUAGAUGUGUUUCGAAAACCUGAAAACCAUUCGAGCAAAAAGACCAGCAUGUCCUCCAACGAGUAA